AUGGAAACGCAUAAAGCCAAACUACGCUGCCAAUGGUUACAAUGCAAACCACGAUCUUCAUCCAACAAGAGGAAUUCUGAUGAUUCUACAGUUGAGGUGCCCUUCUCAAGCAAGAGGAAGGCAAGAACGGCAGCAAACGCCUUUGGUUACUGUCUUGAAGGGGCUAACGAGGAGGAGGACAAGAGGAUGAUUAUCAAGGAAACAAAAACAGACUGUUCUAUUCAAAAUAAACAGUUUGAUUUCAACGAUAAUGAACUUGAAGUUGUUAAUAUUCUGUUUAACCUCCCCGGGAACUUCUUAGAGAGAGUUAAUUUAGAGACUUCAAGUAGUGCUGCAAAUUCAAGCCCCAGUGCCGACCAAGAACAGGUUUCAAAGGAGUCUUCCAAGAAACCAGUCAACCAAGAAAGAAACAGCCCCAGUGCCGAUCAAGAACGGGUUUCGAACAAGAAUUCCAAGAAGACCGUUAGCUCAAUGGAUUCUUGGUCCAAGAGAGAAUCAAAGAAACCAGUCAACCAAAACCAAGAACCCUCUGAACUGCCACAAAAUUUCAAGAACUUGAUAAGUGAUAUGGGUGGCAGCAGGAUCACUCUGCUCAUUCAAAAAACUCUAUAUCUUUCUGAUUUGAAUCCGCAACAAAACCGGCUUUCGAUACCGUCACAGCAGGUCAAGGACAAAGAUUUCUUGCUUCCCACGGAACUAGAAAUUCUGGAGGAGAAAAAGGGAAUAAAGGUGAAAUUGAUCCAACCCUCGCUGGAAAUCACUGAGUUGACUUUGAUUAAGUGGUUCAUGCACAAGGGACCAGAGUCAGAGAAAGUUAGCAUAUCCUAUAUUCUGAGAUCAAAUUGGGUCAAAGUUGCAGAGGCUAACAAUUUAGAAAAGGAUGAUGUUGUUCAAGUUUGGUCAUUCCGAGUUGACGAGAAAUUAUGCAUGGCAAUUGUCAAGCUUUGGUUUAUUGUUUAA